GUUCAUACUUGGUAUCCUCUAGGCGUAGAGACCAACUGACCAACUCAACUUUAGAAAACCUUCCCAGUCAAACGAAAACUAGGUUUUCCAAAGGGGAUAUUGACUUAGAGUAGACUAGCAAGACAACAAUGGCGUCUACACUCUGUAAGCACUCACCAGCUGCUCCACACCUUUGCUUCCCAUCCAACAGAGUCAUCAGAUACAGAUUACCCCUCCGCUCCUUCUGUCAACCAAACGCAACGGCCAUCCGCUGCUCCCUCCGCCGGCCGGAGUACAUCCCCAACCACAUUCCCGACCCUAAGUAUGUCCGCAUAUUCGACACCACGCUCCGCGACGGCGAGCAGUCCCCCGGCGCCACCAUGACCACCAAGGAGAAGCUCGACAUCGCCAGGCAACUCGCUCGCCUUGGGGUCGACAUAAUCGAGGCCGGUUUUCCGGCCUCUUCUGACGCCGACUUUCAAGGCGUUCAAUUGAUCGCGCGCGAGGUCGGAAAUGCGGAUACAGAUCACGUGCCCGUCAUCUGUGGCUUGUCCAGGUGCAACAAGCGGGACAUCGAUAGGGCUUGGGAGGCGGUUAGGUUCGCCAAGAAGCCCAGGAUUCACACUUUCAUCGCUACUAGUGAAAUUCACAUGAAGUUCAAGCUGAAGAUGACCCCAGAGCAGGUGAUCGACAAGGCUAGGAGCAUGGUGACUUAUGCACGGAGUUUAGGGUGUGAUGACGUCGAGUUCAGCCCGGAAGAUGCUGGAAGAUCAGACAGAGAGUUUCUUUAUCAAAUCCUGGGAGAAGUUAUUAAGGCUGGUGCAACAACUCUUAACAUCCCUGAUACAGUCGGCUAUACUUUGCCCAAUGAAUUUGGACAAUUAAUUGCUGAUAUAAAGGCAAACACUCCUGGAAUUGAAAAUGUGAUUAUUUCAACUCACUGUCAGAAUGACCUUGGACUUUCCACUGCUAAUACUUUGGCGGGGGCAUCUGCUGGUGCAAGGCAACUGGAGGUAACUAUUAAUGGCAUUGGUGAGAGAGCUGGUAAUGCCUCACUGGAGGAGUUUCUCUAUGGUGCUCUAAUAUACCAAGAGCAAAACCUAAAAGUUAUUGAUACAAAAGAAGAACCUAAAACCAGAAUUUCAUUUUACGAGUUACAAGGAAACUUCAUUGUCAUGAAUGGCAUUACCUUUUCCUCUAUCCAAGUUGUAAUGGCCUUAAAAUGCCGUGGAGAGCAAAUACUGGAUGGCCUUUACACGGGGAUCAAUACGCAACACAUUAUUAUGGCAAGCAAGAUGGUAGAAGAGUACAGUGGGCUCCGUGUGCAACCACACAAAGCAAUCGUUGGAGCUAAUGCUUUCGCUCAUGAAAGUGGAAUACAUCAGGAUGGAAUGCUUAAACAUAAAAACACAUAUGAAAUUAUAUCUCCUGAAGAUAUUGGACUUCUUCGUUCCAAUGAAUCUGGUAUAGUGCUUGGAAAACUCAGUGGUCGCCAUGCUUUAAAAGCCAAAAUGUUGGAGCUUGGGUACGAUAUUGAUGGAAAGGAACUUGAUGAUCUUUUUGCGCGUUUCAAAGAUGUAGCAGGAAAUAAAAAGAUUAUCACUGAUGAUGACUUGGUCGCCCUAGUCUCAGAUGAAGUUUUCCAGCCACUCGUUGUUUGGAAACUUGAAGAUGUUACAUGUGGAAGUCUUGGUCUUUCAACGGCCACAGUCAAACUCAUUGAUGCUGAUGGCAAUGAGCAUAUUUCUUGUUCAGUUGGAACUGGACCGGUUGAUGCUGCAUAUAAGGCGGUUGAUCUUAUUGUUAAGGUUCCUGUGACACUUCUUGAAUAUUCCAUGAAUGCAGUCACCGAAGGCAUUGAUGCUAUUGCCACAACAAGGGUUUUAAUUCGUGCAGAAAAUAGCGUUACAUCAACCCAUGCUUUGACCGAGAAGCCUAUCGACCGUGCAUUCAGUGGCACUGGAGCAGCUAUGGAUAUUGUUAUCUCGAGCGUUCGAGCCUAUGUUGGUGCACUCAACAAGCUAUUGGGCUUCAAGGAUCGAUCAAAAGCUGUGGAUCCUAAUGAAAGCAAGUUGUUGCAUACAUACAGAUGAAGCAAGUUUGUUUUGUUUGUCUAAUAAUGGUGGUCAGCGUGAGAAAUGGGGCCUUGGAUGAAUGUUGGAGAAUAGACGGAGUGUUGUAUUUAUUGGAAAACGUAUUAUUUGCAUUGUAUUUAAUGUAUUUGCUGCAACUUGUAAAAUUCGAAUAUAGCAUAUUAGAGCUACGAUGAUGUUUGGUUGAUGUUGUAAAAGCUGGUAAAAACAUCUUUAUUUUCUCUAUUUGCGGGUUACCACGUGUUUAGAAAUUGCGUCAAACACUUUCAUGAUUUGAUAAAUGUAGCUCUCUUUAUAUUUAACG